AUGAGGUUAGUCCAGGCUCAAAGUUUCGCUGAAGAACUGAGAGAUCUCAAGGCCAAUAAGAAAGUAAAGAGCUCCAGCAGGCUUGUGAAGUUGAAACCGGUGCUGGCGGAGGGGGUUCUUCGUGUUGGAGGCCGGCUGAAGGAGGCAGUUGUACUGUCUUACAACGAAAAGCACCCAAUCAUACUCCCAAAGAAACACAACGUUAGUCAGCUGACUGUUCGCUGCUGUCACGAACGUCUGGCCCGUGCUGAUAAGGAGCAGACCCUGGCGCAGACGAGGAAAAUGUUCUGGAUACUCGGAGGCAAAGGAUUGGCGAAGAGCAUCAUUAGAAAUUGCUUCAAGUGUCGCCGGUUGAAUGAGAGACCAAUGAAGCAGAUCAUGGCCCCCUUGCCUAAAGAGAGAUUAGAACCGUACAAACCACCCUUCACGUUCUCCGGCGUCGAUUUCUUCGGGCCACUAAUGGUUAAAUGGGGCCGCGGUUCAGCAAAACGCUGGGGAUGCUUGUUUUCUUGUUUAACAACGAGAGCCGUUUUCUUGGAGCUAGUGCCGUCAUUGGAGACUGACGAUUUCAUUAUGGCCUUGCGACAGCCGAAGGGGACCCCCCCGAGGAAAUCAGAUCGGACAGAGGGACCAACUUUGUUGGGGGGAACGUGA